AUGCCUUACACGCAUAUCCUUGGCGAGGACCUACCGGUCCCUCCCGCACGACUCUUUGAAAGAUUAGCCCAGCUGCCCGGGUAUACAUGGGAUCACUCGAUCGAUCCAUUCCAUUCCUCUUACAAUAGCUGGCAUGUCUCCGGUCUUUGUCACUCUAUCGAUUCCGAUGUCUCUACACCCGCUGCAACGUCUUCCGGCCCGUCCAGCUCGGCCAGGAAGUCUCCCCGCGUUGAGACACGACCCAGCUUUCGCCAUCAUUGGAGGAGCAGCUUGAGCGAGUUAAGCAGUGACCUCUCAUUCUCCCGCGCAGAUAAUGAAUACACCUUGAUGCCCGUGAUAGCUCGGGUUUCAUCGCAGGUCGUGAGGCUGGAACGGGAAUUUCACAUGCUGAGAUCUAUCGUGCAGACGUCUGAUCCAGAUUGUAAUCAUACGCUAAAGCCCAUCGAUCUCAUGCGCCUACCGUCGGACUCUGGCGAUCCUGGUCCCAUCUUGGUUGCUAUCUAUGAGUCGCCUGGUCGUAAUAUGCUACGGGACUUGGUCGCUUUCGGGCCUGCUUGGUUCACAUUCGGCGACACGGGCGAUAGCAGCAGUAGCGUAAGUCCCGGUGAGCAGGUUUCUCUUCCAGAGUUUCUUGACUUUGCAGUCGGUGCUUGCGAUUGCUUGGAGCUUUUACAUUACGGCCUAAAAACCGUCCACGGUGAAAUCCGGGGAGAUGCGUUCCACUUCAAUCGAGAAAACGGGUCUGUGAAGCUCACUAAUGCUGGCAAUGGCGCAAGGUCGUUUGACAAUAUACUUAGCGAUGGGUGGUCUUCUGUCUCCCGUGAGCUUGGCGUGAAAAACAAGUUGCAGUACAUUGCCCCCGAACAGACGGGAAGAACUCCUACAGAACCAGAUAGCCGAACAGACAUUUAUGCCCUGGGGGUGCUAUUCUGGACCAUGCUGGUGGGGAAGCCUGCGUUCAACGGGAAUGACCCUUUUGAGGUCGUACAGAAUGUCCUAGGGAAGAAGCUGCCCCCUGUGACAACAUCAAGAAUGGAUAUUCCCGACGCAGUUUCAGCUGUCAUUCAGAAGAUGACCCGCAAGUCCGUUGAUGAACGGUAUCAUACGAUCUCGUCGGUAAAGAGAGAUUUAAUUCAGAUAUCAGAACUCUUGGGUAACGGAGAGAGCGAGGCGCUGAGGAACUUCCAGAUCGCCCAGCACGACGUGUCAUCUUUCUUUACACUCCCAACGCGGAUGUUUGGGAGGAAAGAUGAAUAUGAUAGAAUCAUAGGUAUUGUGGAAAAGGUAAAGAAACACCAGCAAUGUACGCUUGCAAAAGUAGCCGCGCAGGGCUACAGUGGCCUCUAUGGUGUCGGUUCCCAUUCCUCCUUAUCCGAGAGUCGUCCAGAUAGUUUCGAGAUUGCGUCCGGGUCGAGUGAUUCCUCAAUACUUCUCGCUAAAACAAACUCCAACUGCGGGCCCUAUCCACUGGGGCGUGCUGUUACACAUGAGUCUAUGCAGAGUAAUGAAUCAUCCGUUUCUACUCAACGCCCAAUCCAGAGCCCCAGCAAGGCAAAGAGCUCAGUUGAUUCUCGUUCAUCCUUGGAUAACACCGAUCGAGAUGGUCACCUGUCCCCGAAUUCUAAUGUCCAGGGUCAUAUGGAGCCCGUGAAUCCUUUGGGCAGACACAAAGCAUUACCUAAACUUCGUCUAAGCAGCCGAACCGAGAUAAUCACAAUUAGUGGCGUCGCUGGACUAGGGAAAACGGAUCUUCUGAAUCGCGUUCAACCAGCCAUCCGCAAAUUAGGAUACAUUGCAAUUGCCCGUUUGGACCGAGCUCAGAGUGUGCCGUACGAGCCCUUUGCGAAGGCUUUGGCCAGCCUCCUUCGUCAAAUUUUCUCCGAGCGUGAUGUCAACACGGACUAUCAUAAUAGUGUCCGCACAGCAUUGCGGCCGAUAUGGCCAUCCCUUCAUAAGGUUUUGGGGCUCCCAGAACAGCUCAUGUCCCCGGGAGGGAAAGACAAGCAGUUGUCGCCAAAUUUGUCGGCUGCCCAGCACCUUUUGAAGGCGACCUCGACGAAAGGCGAGCCUUCUAAGCGAGUUGGCAUCCCCGUCUUGACCCGGGGCCAGAGCUCGACAGAUUUUUUCCUCUCGAAUGCUGCAUCAAAGAAUAUGCGAUUGAUGGAGACCUUCCUGGAAAUUAUGAGAACAUUAUCCCAAUCUAAGUUGAUCUGCAUUUGCUUGGAUGAUGUGCACUAUGCUGAUGACGAGACGCUGGAAUUGAUAUCGAGUAUCGUGAAGGCAAAGUUGCCGUGCGUCCUUAUCCUCACAAGCAAUGAGGCGGAACUCAAGUCAGAUUGCAUGGAGUCACUUUUCGAGGCAGAUGGUCCCAAUGUUACAAACAUCGUCCUCCGUCCACUUGGGGAGGAGGAGGUCAUGCAUUUUGUAGCGGCCACGAUGCACUGUGACCCAGAUCCAAAUUUGACGCCCCUCACGGCUGUUGUCUUAGAGAAGAGCGAAGGGAAUCCCUUCUACGUGCGGAUGAUGCUUGAGACUUGCUAUAGUAAAAAUUGUAUUUGGUAUUCAUGGAAGAAUUCAAGGUGGGAAUUUGACCUUGACCGGAUAUUCAGUGAAUUUGUCUCGCCCAAGUACGGACAAGGGCUUGGGCUAUCCUUCAUCGCAAGACGACUCCAGGAGAUUCCGCCUGCGUCUAGGUCAAUCUUGGUUUGGGGUUCAUUAUUGGGGAAUCCAUUCUCAUUUUCCUUGGUUCAGAAGCUACUCACAAGCGAAUUUCUGUACGACAGCGAAGAAGACGAUGAGGUCGACCUUACCUGUCCAGGCAAUGUAGACCUCAUUAGGCUGUCGGAAGCCGCGAUAGUCGUUGGCCUGCAGUAUCUCGUCCAAAUAUAUCUUAUCACACCAGGGGAAACAGACGACGAGUUUAGGUUCGGCAAUGAUCGAAUUUCACAAGCUGCUGCGACCUUGAGAGAAGGUCGUAAUGUGGAGAAGAUGCACUUCAUCAUUUCGCAAACGAUGAUGAAAUACUAUCACGACCAUCGAAGUCGCUAUGCGAUAGCUCGUCAUAUAGCGCUUGCCUCUCGCCUCAUUAAAUCACGCGUUGAACAAAGACGAGAUUACAGGAAGAUCCUUUGGGAUGCUGCGCAGACCCUUGCCCAGUCGGGUGCGCGGCCAACGGCUCUUUCGUACUUUCGUCAUUGCAUAGAUCUUCUUCAGGAUGAUCCCUGGGAUGAUCGCCGUAUUGAUGUCGAUUAUGAUGAAACAUUACGUCUGUACGUCGCGACUGCUGAAAUGGUAUGGCUACAAAGCCAUAACGACGAGGUCAUGGAGUUACUAGAUGCGGUAUUUGCACAUGGUCGAACUGCUGUGUGCAGGUCAAAAGCUUGGGUUACGAAGGCCAGAAUAUAUGGCCAUCGGAAUGACCAUGCUAGUGCAUUGGAUUGCCUGAUCACAUGUUUGGAAGAGUUGGGUGUAGAGCUCCGGACGGCUACAACGUACGAAGAGUGCGAUGCUGCUUACAAGAGACUAAAGGCGCAUAUUGAGACAACUGACCUAGAACAAAUUGCCCAAGCACCCAUUUGCAAGGACGUCAACAUGGUCACUAUUGGUGCAGUCAUCGCAGAGGCGAUGGCAGUUACUUUUUGGGAUGAAUCAUUGACCUUUUACAGAAUGGCUAUUGAGAUGUUGAAUCUGUACCUUUUCAAAGGUGCCUUUAUACAGAUCGCCAUAGGCUGCUCGCAUCUAUCCAUGAUUGCUUUAGGCCGAUUCAGGGAUUUAGAGCUAGCGAUGAGACUAAGCGACUAUGCUCUAUCGUUGAUAGAGCGCUGUCCCGAACCACUUACCCAGACCAGAGCUUCUAUCACCCAAAACCUCUACGUCAAUCAUUUGCGAAUUCCGGUAUCGUCGACACUCCCGGCGCUGGAGGCUGCCCUGGAGACGUCGUUUGCGUUGGGUGAUCCGUAUCUAACCUUGACAAGCAUCUGGGCAAUGGCGAUGACCCGUCUUUAUUUGGGUCAUGAUAUGGCACAGUUGGAAACUUUCUGCAACGAUAGCCCUGAAGACCACCAAAGUUGGAUGAAUAAUACAGGGGCAGGAGUUUGUAUCCUUGCAACAAGACAAGUUGCGCGUGCCCUACAAGGGAAAACAUUCUAUACAUCUCCCACUGGUAUCAUGUCCGAUGAGCAGCACCACACCUUCGACUUCAUCGAGGCUCUCAGCAAACAUGGGAGCUAUCCCGAUUGUCCUCGUGACCUUUAUUGGGGUCUCUCCAUGAUACCUCUAUUCAUUUUUGGGCAUAAAGAAAAGGUAAUUGAAUUGGGCAACCGAAUGAUAGAUAGUCUCCAUAGACUUUGGUCUGUCCGAGUCACGUAUUCCGUGUAUUUCUAUCAGGCAUUAGCCUAUCUUACACUCCAUGCCGAGAAUCCUGCCGCUGGUUAUCUCGAGGGAGAAAUGGAAACCGUCUUGACUUGCAAAGAAAUGGUCGACUUCGCGCGGACUGCUUGUGAUGCGAAUUAUGGAAUGUGGUCGCUAUUGCUAGAGGCGUUAUUUUACGAGGCUGAACAGGACUAUCCCUCCGCUAUCCAGGCUUUCGAGGCUGCAAUUGACCACUGUCAAGUGAAUGGAUGGCCUUUGGAAGAGGCUCUUGCUCUUGAACUUCAAGGUGAAUUCUUCAUGCGGCGUGGUGCCAAGAGAGCGGCGCGCUCUUUGAUUCAAGAGGCCACCACUGCGUGGGCCUCCAUAAGUGCAGUCGGCAAGGUCGCACAACUUACAGCGAAACAUGAAUGGUUGCUGAAGGCAGCAGCUACGUCAAGAACUGUUGAUACUGGCUGUCAAACUGUUGAUAGUGUUCUCGAAGUUAGUCGCGACCAUGACCAAGACCUCCACCAACACCAUCAACACGUGCCGCCUCGUACGAAUGUGGAAAAAGAUAAGAGGAAAUGGAUCCAACAAAACGAGUCUGUCUCAGGUUCACACUCCUUCGAUAUCUCCAGUGUUGGGCUUGAUAUCAUCGAUUUGUCUAGCAUACUUGAAUCCAGCCAGGUUAUGUCAUCUGAGCUUCAAAUAGACAAGCUCUUUACCAAGAUGAUUGAAAUUAUCAUGGAAUCUUGCAAUGGGUCUGACUUUGCAAUUAUUGCCACUGACUCAGAUUCCAAUAAUUUAACAAUCGCGGCCAUAGGAGACUCCGAAAUGGGUAUCCAAUCAUUCGCUGUUGGCCUUCCAUUUUCCCGAAUAGAGGACAAGAUAGCUCAACAGAUCACCGAAUACGUGUAUCGUACCAGAGAGGGCGUUUUGAUUCACAAUGUCAUUGAGGACGAACGCUUUGCUAAUUUCAGUGAGGCCUACCAGGCAAGAUAUCCGCUUGGCAGGUCGGUCAUUGCCCUGCCGAUAGUACAGGCGGAAAAUCUUCUUGGGGUGAUCCAUCUUGAGGGCAAGCCUAAUUCGUUUACCCAGCGCAAUGUCGUUGUGCUCCAUUUACUCUGCAACCAAAUUGGCAUCUCUUUGUCUAAUGCGCUGCUGUUCCGUGAAAUCCGCAAAGUUAGUGCUACCAAUGCGUCUAUGGUCGAGGCCCAAAAGCGCGCUCUUGCACUAGCUCGAGAGGCAGAAGCAAAGGCUAAAGUGGCGGAGGCGGAAGCCAAUCAUAAUGUGAAACUACGGGAUGAUGCGGCCAAAGCAAAGUCAAUCUUCCUUGCCAAUAUAUCCCAUGAUUUACGUACCCCAAUGAAUGGGGUCAUCGGGCUCUCCGAAUUACUCAAGAACACCCACUUAACCAAGGAGCAGGACGACUAUGUUGAAUCAGUUCGCGUUUGUGCGGACACUUUGCUUACGCUUAUCAAUGACAUACUGGAUUUCUCGAAACUGGAGGCUGGGAAAAUGAAGAUUUCCACAGUUCCUCUUAGCCUCAGAGAAACCAUCUCCGAGGUCGUUCGAGCUCUUCGGUUCACGCACCGUGACAGAGGCUUGGAGACCAUUGAGGACCUGGAUGGGGUGCCACCUGAGCUUGUAGUCAUGGGCGACCCUGUUCGUUUGCACCAAAUAUUUAUGAAUCUUCUUAGCAAUAGCUACAAGUUCACGCCCAAGGGAUCUAUCACAGUCAGGGCUAAUGUCUACCGUGAGGGAAAGGGCCGUGUCCGUUUAGAAUGCUCAGUAUCUGAUACUGGAAUCGGGAUUUCGGAGGAGCAGAAAUUGCGACUUUUCCGGCCCUUUUCGCAGGCGGAUAGUUCUACUGCUAGAUCUUACGGCGGAAGUGGACUUGGCCUGAGCAUCUGUAGGGCGAUCAUUGAGGACGUUUUGGGCGGUGCGAUUUGGCUCGAGUCGGCUCCCGGACGUGGCACCACGGUGACAUUCCACUUAGUUUUCAACAAGGCGCCCAAAGAGAGCACAGUGAGCGCUCCAUGGUCACAGGAUUUGCAGCAGAUUGAGAGCAAGGACCCUCCCAAGCCCACAGUUCGUGAUCUUACCAUGAUCUCUCGGGAUCAAAUACGUGUCUGCAUUGCUGAGGACAAUCUAAUCAACCAGAAGAUCGCCGUCAAGUUUGUCACUGGCCUCGGUCUGCAAUGCGAAGCUUAUAGCGACGGGCGGCAAGCUGUUGAAGCCUUACGCACACGCUCAAAGGAAGGGAACCCAUUCCAUAUCGUUCUGAUGGAUGUGCAGAUGCCGGUUCUGGAUGGAUACAAUGCAACGCGCGAGCUUCGCAAUGACCCAGAUCCCAAUGUGAACGAGGUUCUCGUAAUUGCUAUGACAGCAAGCGCUAUCGAAGGAGACCGGGAGAAGUGCCUCCAGGCAGGAAUGAACAACUACUUGCCGAAGCCGGUGAGAUCACCGAUCUUGAGUGACAUGUUAGAUAAAUAUCUCGCACCGGCACCUGCGUUUCCAAAAUCCAGAUUAGCGAUGCGAGAGAAGCGCACGGGUAGUAACGGUCAAGAUAUCAGCAUGUCUAACAGUUUUUCGUCUGGAUCCUCGGGUCUAUCGAGCUCGCCGAAGUAGAUGGCAAUUCAGGUGCCAACGUCAGCUGAGGACAAAUGGCGCCUUUCGAACUCGGGGAUGCCAUGCUGAUUUGUUUCUUUCCUUGUUUUUUUGAUAUUUUCCCCUAACGACGCAUGAUAAGCGGUGUCCUGGGAUAGACAGCAUACUGCUUUAUUACUGCUUUCCCUUCUCUGCUUUUUUAGACUGUUUUUUCUCUUAUAUUUUCUCUUCUUCUACUCUCAAGACUAUAUAUAAUUCGUGACGUCUGUACGAUCUUGCCAUCAGAUAUCCCUACCUGUUUCUGUCUUUCUUUGUUUUUUGAAUUACUUUUUGUCCCCUUUUCUAUAUCAUCAUGAGCAUGAUGAUGACAUUUGCUGUUGGGCCGGGAGAGUUCCAUCCAGCAAACGUAAUACAUCUGGAGUCAGGUAAAUGUUUGGACAUUCUGAGCUGUGAUGAUAUUGUCAACUUCAGUGGCCAUAUAGCAUUGUGUUAAACAUAUUGGGAACAGUGCUCGACCUCAUCUAUCGAUGUAUCUACGUACCAGUUUAAUUUGCUAGUGUCUAUAACUGAAAUUCCUCUCUUUUAGUUGCUUCGCUCCAUGCAACUAUAUCCCUUGGAUGACCCAUAUAGAAGAAAAUAAGAAAGGAGCUUGUGCAACGUCCUCCA